GUUCUUACGGACUCAUAAAGCGAUGGCUAGUCCCACCGCUGCCUCUUCAGUUCUAAACCAUCUCGUUUGAAUCCUCCCUAUGCAAAAGUAAAUAUAGGUCGAAUUGCGGUUUCCAACAUGCUCGUGACAACCCUUCUUUCCGCCAUGUCAACCCUUUCAAGGGCGGCACCCACCACAACCACCGUCGACUCAACAGAACUCGGCCAAGGUCCUUACCACUACGACUUCGGCUGGACCAAACCCUUCAUCAGCUCCUGCAGCAACAAGACUGUCGAUGUCAAGUUCCGCUGGUCCAUCAAAGGCCUCCAAUACACCACCUCUUCCACAUUCAUGUCACCCACCGAAGAACAAGAACAGAAGCCCAGCAUCGAGUCGACUUACUUCAGCUUCAACCUCACCAACCCCGCCAUCGGGGGCCUAGCUCGCUGCAACACCACCAUGUCCGGGCCGAUACCAAACGCGACCCAUGUAUUCUGGUGCGACAAGUGGCUUUCAGUCGACGCUGGGACGGUUGGGCUGUAUGGGAGCCGUGGUCCACGGCUUCACCUGAGGUUUCAUGAGAAGACGCUGUUGCUUAGUGAUGGGUGGAAGUGUGAUGAGCCAGGGCAGAGAAGUAAUGGCGACAUACAAUACAGCGCAAGAGGCCUUGUAGAACUGGAAUACUCGCAGUGUACUGGGGCAUCAUCAGUCACCGGUGACUGGAAGCCCGGUCAAAUUUAUUCGCAAAAGACAAUCGGUUGUCGCGCUGACCAGAUCGAUCUUAAGCCGAAUUAUCUACUUGGGGUGUACGCUGCUGACCCGUUUUUCUUGGUUAUUGGGGAGUGGUAA